CCUAACCUGAAUCACCACUGCGUAAGGCUUGGAUUGCAGUUUCCAAGACCAACAAUCAAGACAAGCAACGGGUUUUUACAUUGAACCGAUUGCCAGUUGAGCAAGGAUUACUAAAUUCAGUGCUGUAAGCGUGUCUUUCUUUUUCUGAAAAAAAAAAAACUCUUCAUUUGAGCAUCGUAGUCACGGAGUUUAUAAAAAAUGGACAAGCCUAAAAUCUUUAGCGCCUUGAACUUGGGAGUGGGUGCUUUUCUUGGGCUUUCGGGUCUUAUCAAGGUUUUCUCUUUCAGCUUGGCGAAUGUUCUUUUAGGUUUAUUCAUCAUCGCCUUUGGCCUCGGUACCAUCGCAUUAGAACGUGAAGUUCCCUCUGUAGCAGUCAAAUAUGCCUCCUUUAUGUUCUCCUUCUUGGGUAGAGGCUUUUUCUAUCUAUUUAUGGGUUCUUUGCUUUGGUCCUAUAAUGGAUUCACAUCUUUCCUUGGCUUUUUAGUUCUUCUUGUUGGUGCUGGCUUCUGUGCUGCUAACUACGUUGCCGGACUACAAGAUUAUGCUCCUCGAAGCAUGCGCGAUACAGACUGGGAUGAUACGGUAGAUGAGGUUUAAGCACCUAACGGCGAUCUUCUUUUCAUGUUUAGCUUCCAGCUGUAAGUAUGUUGUAUGUUUUUCAUCUCGUCUUUUUUUCCUAAUAGUGCCAUUCUUUUUAUUUUAUUUUAUUUGUUUUCUCGCAUUUCAUGGUAGUAAUUUCUCUCUACCUUGUUAAAAAUGUUUACUAGU